AUGUCAGAGUCUAAAAAAGCUAAACAUAGUACUGAAAAAAAUAUUGGUGGUCGUCCUUUAAAACCAAUUUGGAAUUUUUAUGAUAGAGGUAAAAUACUAGAUAAUUCAGGUCAUUAUGAAGCUAUUUGCAAAGCAUGUAGUCAGUCAUUUAUACCUGGAAAACCAGCACAAAUGGAAAAGCAUAUUAUUAGUGAUUGUGUAGAAGUUUCUGAAACAGUAAAAGAAGCAGUUAUAUAUAUUGUUGAAUCUCGAGAAAAAUCAUCAAGCAGUACUGGAUCUAAAUAUUCAAAUGAACAACUAAGUCUUGAUGAAUUUUUAGAAAGUACCGUUAUACCAGAUAAACGUAUUGAAUCAAUAAAUAGAGCACUUAUUAAAGCAUUUGUAUGUUGUGGCUUACCUUGGAGACUUAUUGAACAUCCAUUUUUUGUUGAAUUUUUAAAGCAACUUCGCCCUGCUUAUAAUCCACCUGGUAGAAAAUUUGUUGCAAAUAAUUUAUUAAUGAGUGAAAUAGUAAGAAUUGACACAUAUUUGUAUAAAUUAAUUAAAAAUGCAAAAAAUUUAACAAUAG